GCCGUGAUAAAGCCUGUGAGGAAAAUUACAGAAUCUUCGAAAAAAGAAAUCCAUGUCGAACGAAUAGAUUUAGUAUUCUGCAAAUAUUCGAUGUAGUUUUGACCAUUUAGAUUAGUUUACUUUGUUGACCAAUCUGGGUAUUAGUUUAAAAUAUACGUAAAGCUAUUCCAAAGUGAUACUAGGAUCAAUGGCUUUUAUGGCGUCAUUUCUUCGAUGAUGCACUCGUUUUACUAGUUGAUUCUGAACCUUUAUCUGAACUUAGUAAAGGCUGACUCACUCCAGUGCAUUCAGGAUCACAUUCAAUAUCAUCCUUGUUGAAAUAAUUGCAGUUGUUUCUUCUGACACGUGAAAUGCAAUAUGCUAUAAUGCAGCAUAGCAGUAUUACCGUCACUAAUACAAUUGCAAGGAUUACGAAAAUAGUAGAAUGAGUAGUAAAAUCAGAUGCAAUUUCUGUUUCAGUUUCUUCAGUAGUUGUUUUGUAAUCAUCUGUAUUAAUCGUUUGUGUUUCGUCAGUAAAAUCUUCAGUAGUAAUUGCCAUUGUUGGAUAGGUAGUUUCGGAACAUCUUUUGGGUUUGGUACACCAGUAACAUCUACAGCAGCUCUUAGUGCCUUUGGUACACCUGCAACUCAGUCCACAAGUUUUGGAAUUGGAACACCAUUUGCAACACCGGCAGCAACUGGAUUUGGAACAGGCACUACUAGUACCAGUACUUUCGGCACCACAGGAACCACAGGCUUUGGCGGUGGCAGCACAUUUGGCAACACAUCAAUUUCGUCAACUGGAUUUGGUGGAUUAGGUGCACUUGGAACGACCUCGACAACAAAUGUAACAGGAUUCGGUGGAUUCGGUGGUUUUGGUAACACUGCAACAACGUCGACGCCCAGUCUCUUCAGCGGAUUUGGUACCGCAAGUUCAGGCAAUACAGGAUUUAAUGCUUCUACUGGUUUUGGAGGAUUUGGUGCUAAACCGGCUACUACCGGUGCAUCUACUGGAUUUGGUGGUUUUGGUAGCGGAUUUGCCGGCUUUGGCAGCACCCUAGCUCAACCACAAACUCAACAGCAACAACAACAACAAGUAGCCAAUUCCAUUACAGAGGCUUUGUAUAAUGCGGUAUUCAACUGUCAAUUAUUUAAUGACGAACGUGAUAACACUAUAGCGCGGUGGAAUCUAAUUCAGGCCUUAUGGGGAACUGGAAAGGCUUAUUAUUCAGCGACAGCAGCGCCAAUAGAAUUGACACAGGAGAAUCCUCUUUGUAGAUUCAAAGCUAUUGGCUAUAGUCGUAUGCCAGAUGCUGACAACAAUGACGGUCUUGUUGUUCUUUGCUUUAAUAAAAAAGAACAAGAACUCAAGGAUGGCAAGCAACAGAUAAUAGCGUCGCUAAAUGGUAUAUUGGGAAAUAAACCAAAUCUCACCCUGACAAUUGACAGCGUGAAGGCAAUGGGUGAUGGCAAAGGUCAAGUGACAAUUUUUGUUUUGGAAAAGGGAGUGACAGGGUCAUCCAGAAAGAUACCAGCAAACGAACUAGUGGCUUAUUUGAGUCAGACAAUGCAAAAAAUGCAGCUGACACAGAUGGGCGUGGAAAAUAUAUUUGCCCAUGUAAAACUAGAUCCAUCUCAACUCAAGGAAUAUUUGGACAACCCACCCUGCUCGAUAGAUCCCAGAUUGUGGAAGCAGGCACAAUUAGACAAUCCUAAUCCUGAACUUUAUAUCCCUGUACCAAUGAUUGGCUUUCAACAAGUAAAAAACAGACUUAAAUGUCAAGAGGAAGAGACUGCCAGACACAGGGCAUUCCUGGAUUUAGCAGCUGAAAGAAUUCAGGGUCUUCAAAGACAACAUACCGCUACACAAGCCAGACUCAAGGAACACAGGAGGACAUUAUUAGAGUUACAGCAUAGAGUUCUUCAAGUUCUAGUUCGUCAAGAGAUCAGCAGAAAGGCUGGACUUUCAUUGCAACCUGAAGAGGAAGCCUUGACGAAAAGAUUCGAAGCGAUGCACUCACAAAUUAGCGCACCGACUCAAUUUAAAGGGAGAAUUAGCGAAAUGCUAUCACAGUUAAGAAUGCGCAGGCACAUAGACUCACAGAAUUACGAGCGAUACACUAUGGAUCCUAUAGCUCAGGAUGACAUCAAAACUUAUCUUAACAUGGAGCAACAAGGAAUGAUGCAACUCAUAUCAACGAUAAAUACAGAUUUAGAGAAUUUGAAAAUAAUCAAAGACGGGAUGGAGGAACUCUUGGAGGGACACAGUAUAUCCUGAAGUAAAUAUUGUGAUUCGAGAGCAUUAUACCGGAUGGCCAGAAGAAAAUCCGCGCAACUUACAAGCGUCAAACAGGCUCAAGCAGAAUAAAAGGGUGUAAUGUGCCCAUCACAUUUCAGCCGUAAGACGCGAUACCCAGUGUUUGGCGGUGCAGGAAGUCAAUGUGCUCCGAACACACAUCUAAAUUGUCUGGGCUAAAUAGCUGAAUAUGUGCUUUUUAUUUUUAUAUUUUUCAACGCUUUAAAAUAUAUUUGUUGUAUAAUAAAUAUUAUGCAGCAGAA